UUACCUAGGCCACUAUACAACGUACAGUGGCACGCGCUUAAUUUCUAACAACGAAAUCGACAAAACUGUUCCAUUGCAGCAGAACUGCAGGCUGUAAUCAGUUUGUCGCCAGACAAAUCUAAAAUAAUCACAGUUUUACAAUAACGCGGGCUGUGCACAUCCCGUUCCAGACUAAAUGAUGACAGCCAAAUCGUUGGAGAAAGCCCCGGUAAACCUCAGUUUUGGGCGUCCUCUCCCAGACAACUGCUCAGAAGAUGCUGCUGAGCAAACUUCAGCGACCGUUUUUCCAGAUGCGGAAUUGGGAGGGCAUUACGACCCUAUCAGUGGAACUUCAGGAGAUGGCGAUGUAACACAUGAAAAUCGUCCGCUCGACUUCUACUCAAACUGUUUUGCGCAGUCAACAGCGCCUCGCGACCAAGCUUUCACCUAUGUGGGGAAGUUCUCUAUCGAUUCUUCAGGUAGUAACUGGAGUCCAGACGGUGUCCUUAACAUCGUCAACGCUGGAAUCCUAGGCAUGACCCAGUCGUGCUUGACGCCCUCUUCACUGAUACCCCCAGUUUCUCCGAACCAGUUCACGGACGCCGCGAGCUGCGCUGAGGCGCAAAGCCAGCCUAUGGACAGCAUAUACUCAUCACCACCACUUUACGCGGACGGCGGAGAAGUCUACCAAGACACAUCUGUCUUCCCUUCAACGUCCACGUCUCACGUUUCGUACCAUCCGCCGCCCUACCCAUCACCAAGGACGACCACAGACUGUUCUCUUUUCCCCAUUAACUCGGACUAUGCACAUUUAUUUCAAUCUGCAUGCCAACGGGACAUCCAGGUUAUUCCUGACCGAAAGCCCUUCAAAUGCCCAAUGGACUCAAUUCGUGUCCAGCCCCCUCUAACUCCUCUUAACACUAUAAGGAAUUUUACAUUAGGUGGGUCGAGCUUAGACGGCCUAAGAUUACCUACGGUUCACAAUCCACAGAAUUUGCCUCUGAGACCUAUACUGCGGCCCAGGAAGUAUCCGAAUAGACCGUGCAAAACACCUGUGCACGAGCGGCCGUUCUCGUGUCCGGCGGACGGCUGCGACAGAAGGUUCUCGCGCUCCGACGAGUUGGCCAGACACAUUCGAAUUCACACCGGGCACAAGCCCUUCCGAUGUCGAAUCUGCAUGCGGUGUUUCAGCCGCAGCGACCACCUGACCACACACAUCCGCACGCACACGGGAGAGAAGCCGUUUCCCUGUGAUUACUGUGGCAAAAAAUUCGCCAGAAGUGACGAACGAAGGAGACACACCAAAAUUCACCUCAGACAGAAAGAAAGGCAAUCAUCAACUAUACGCGGUGGCUCGGAACAAGGAACGAUCAGUUAAUUAUUAGUAUAUCCACAGGGGAACUUCAAGGAAAUCGUGUUCAUGCCCUGCCAAGGUCUGAAUAACCUACACUAAGUUGACUUGAAAACCUGGCAAAAUGCAUUAUUCACAGUUGUCGUUUUGUCAGAGAAAACACACACCGUCGUGUUUUAGCCGACACAGACGCACAAACUUUAUUAUCUUGCUCCCCUUUUUCCAUGGACCUUAAAUGAACCAAUGCAUAAAUAUUAAAACAGGAAAAAUAAGAUACUCUAACGUUAAUC